AUGCUCAGCAGGAUGAUGUUCCAGGGGAAGCGUCUCCUGGGGGUGAAACCAGAGAAGAGAGGCUGCGGCAAAUACGGGUCCAACGGGACUCUGGGCUGGCGCAGGGUCUCGGUGCCCCCCGGCGCCGACGAGGAGGAGCUGGGGAUCAGCGGUUCCCUCCCUGCAGGUGCUGCCUCGUCCCAGCCCGGUUUCAGCUUUAGGAAGCUCUGGGCAUUCACCGGUCCCGGCUUCCUCAUGAGCAUCGCGUACCUGGACCCGGGCAACGUGGAGUCGGACCUGCAGUGUGGGGCCGUGGCCGGGGUAGCCCAAGGGUGGCAGAGUCAUCCCCCCAUUUGUUUUUGGGGACGGGAUGGGCACGCGGCCCCCAAACCCCUGCCACUCCAAUGGCCCUAUGCCACCACGUGGCUAAUGCUGCCUCUCUCCCCAUCCUGCAGCAUCCCCCUCUGGGGUGGGGUCCUCAUCACCAUCGUGGACACCCUCUUCUUCCUCUUCCUGGACAAGUACGGUGAGUGCUGGGUCCCGCUCCCGGUGCCACUUCCGGCUGUCCCCCAGUAUGUGGUGGUGAAGCCAGCGCAGCAGGAGGUGCUAAAGGGGAUUUUCCUGCCCUACUGCCCGGGCUGUGGGCGAGAGGAGCUGCUGCAAGCCGUGGGCAUCGUCGGUGCCAUCAUCAUGCCCCACAACAUCUUCCUCCACUCCUCCUUGGUCAAGACCCGGGUGAUCGAUCGCUCCAAGAAGGAGGAGGUGCAGGAGGCCAACAUGUACUUUCUGACCGAGUCCUGCCUGGCCCUCUUCAUCUCCUUCCUCAUCAACCUCUUCGUCAUGGCUGUCUUUGGCGAGGCCUUCUACCACCAGCGAAACGAGGAUGUGCACAGCAAGUGUGUCAACAGCAGCGUCAGCCAGUACGCCGGCAUCUUCCCCACCAACAACCAGACAGUGUCUGUGGAUAUCUACCAGGGGGGUGUCAUCCUGGGCUGUUAUUUCGGGGCCGUGGCACUGUACAUUUGGGCUGUGGGGAUCCUGGCAGCGGGACAGAGCUCCACCAUGACCGGGACCUACGCGGGGCAGUUCGUCAUGGAGGGGUUCCUGCAGCUCCGUUGGUCCCGUUUCGCCCGGGUGCUCUUCACCCGCUCCUUCGCCAUCCUGCCCACCGUCUUCAUCGCCGCCUUCAAGGACGUCAGCCACCUCACAGGCAUGAACGACCUGCUCAACGUGCUGCAGAGCAUCCUGCUGCCCUUCGCCGUCCUGCCCGUCCUCACCUUCACCAGCCUGCGCCCGCUCAUGAACGACUUCACCAAUGGCCCCCUGGGGAAGGUGCUGAUGACCCUCAUCACAGGGCUGGUCUGCGCCAUCAACAUUUACUUCGUGGUGGACUUCCUACCCACGCUGCAGAGCCUGGGGUACUACAUCCCUCUGGGCCUGGUGCUGGCUGCCUAUGUGGCUUUCAUCGCCUACCUGCUCUGGACGUGCUGCAUCGCGCACGGAGCCCGGUUCCUGGCCCGGGGCCACCACAGCAACUUCAGCUUCGGCAUCUCCCUCGACUCACCAAGCCCAGCAGGACCACAGUGACAGGCUCUGUCCCCCAUGACUGUCACCCCCUCCCUACCCGGCACGGCUGCCCCGCACUGGGCACCGAACCUCUAUCACCCCGAGGCUGAGGGCGAUGUUG